ACAUAUCAUGUAUUACUACUAUUAUUAUAUUCAUGAUUCGAAUUUAGCAAAUCCAUGUCACACUGCAUUCUACGAAAUAGUCGUAUCUCUUGGACCUCGAGUUUCAAAUUAUUAUUAACUUCGCGUAAAAUGGCGAGCACGCUUUCCCACACACCCGCGAGCUUAGGACCAUUACACCCCGCAAAGGCCCAGACAGCCGCUGUAAAACCUUCAGUUGCGAAGUCUAUCGGGAUCAGAGUAAAAGAUCCCUUGGAUCAUGAGGCGCCUGCGAUUCUUCAUGAGCCCCGGAAUUAUAAUCGACAGCAGGCGAAUGAAUCCGCGGUGGUUCUUAUCAGUGGUGCUGGAGGGGGUGUUAGUGGACCUGCUGGUAUAUACCCAUCCCUAGCAGAUAAAUUCUCCCUUCUUCUCAACAUCCCCUGCAUCAGACUCGAUUACCGUCAACCUGCACGCGAAAAGUACUGCACCGCGGACGUGGUCGCUGCAUUCGAUUACCUCGCCACUCACUACUCAUCCAAGAACUUCGUCAUCGUCGGCUGGUCCUUUGGCGGCAGUCCCUGCUUCACCGUAGCUGCACGAGAACCAGAACGAGUCCGCGGGGUCGCUACCGUCGCAUCUCAAACUGCUGGGACAGAGGGCGUGAGACAGCUAAGUCCUCGUCCAGUCCUCCUUCUCCAUGGAACGGGUGAUACGUGUUUGUCGCCGGCGUGUUCGCAGACGCUGUUUCGACAGUAUGGCGAGAAGGGAGAGAGGGAGUUGAAGCUUUUUGAGGGCGACGAUCAUGGGUUGUCAAGGAAUGCGGUUGAGGUCGAGAGGUUGAUCUUCCAUUUCGCUGCACGGUGUUUGGGGCUUGGGGGUAUGGUUGAUGAGCCGAUGAAGGAGGAAGCGGCUAAGGAUUUGGCGGGGAGUAGGAAAGAGAGGGUUUCGGAGAUGCAGGAGGGCCAUGAUUUGGAAGGUGGAGAGAGGUUGUAGGGAUGGAUUUUAAUCUCAAGGGUAGGUAUUAUUACUAUGUAGCAUGUCCCAUAGGCGGUCUCUUGAUUUAUGUAUAGAACAGCGUUUUCUUUUUCUGUUAAAGGUACUUCCAUUGAAAUGAAUAGACUCACAAUAUUAGACAAAUCAAACAGGCCAUGGAUUGUACCUAGGAGUCCCUGGACUCUGCAUGAGCUGAGAGAGAUUAUGGUAUAAGAUAUAGUAGCUCAGUGGGAGGUAUGUAACGACUAGUGGGCAACUUGAAUAGCUUAUGUGCAGUCGCAAAGAUAGGGCUCAUUUGUAUGAAUCGCAAGUUGUGAAUAUCGAUAAUUAUUAUUCUGUAUGUAAACAAGCAUAACAUGUGGAGUAAGAAUUAU